AUGAAAAGUUCUUUGAGAUUUUUGAGCAACUUAAAUCUAAUCAUUGACAACUGGUGUACAUUGGGGAUGAAUAAUAAAAGUUAUGGCUUGAUACCAAAAAUAAUUCCAUCGAUAAGCGAACAAGGUGAUGGUGUAUGGAAAGCACAUGCUCUCGUUUUGCCUUCAGGACAAUAUAAGAAAACUUAA